AUGGACAAACACAAGGUGGAGAACCACAGUGGGCUCACACCGUUCACCUGCCCCGAGUGCGGGAAGGGCUUCACCAUAUCGUCGCACCUGCUGAAGCACUGGCGGGUCCACACCGGCGAGAGGCCGUUCACCUGCCCCGAGUGCAGCAAAGGCUUCACUCAGUCGGCCAACCUGAUGUCGCGCCAGCGCACCCACACGGAGGAGAAGCCGUUCGGCUGCGCCCACUGCGGGAAAGGCUUCGAGUCCGCGUCCGGAAUGACUGCGCACUGCUGGGUCCACACCGGGGAGAAACCAAUCGCCUGCUCCGUCCGUGGGAAGUGGUUCACCCAGUCGUCCCACUGCCUGAUACACCAGCGAAUCCACACUCACGAGAAGCCAUUCAGCUGCGUCUCCUGCAGGGAGAGCUUCAAACAUUGA